AUGGACCUGCUGCCUAUGGUGCCAUGCUUUGUCUUAUUCCUUGCCAUCUAUGUGGCCACCCCCGUAGGAAAUCUGGGCGUAAUUCUAUUAAUCAGAAUCGAUCCGUGCCUACACACCCCCAUGGACUUCUUCCUGAGCCACUUGUCUCUCCUGGACGUCUGCUACUCCUCCACCAUCAUCCCUCAAACCUUGCUGAUUUUUUUGGUGGAGAAGAAGGUUUUUUCCCUCGGUAGGUGUGCUGCUCAGCUCCUCUUCGCGAUCUGCGCCACUGCCGAGUGCUACAUGCUGGCAGCCAUGGCUUACGAUCGCUACGUGGCCGUUUGUAACCCCCUGCUCUACCCCGUGGUCAUGCCCCCACAGCGUUGCGUUGGGCUGUUGGCUGGUGCCUACGUAGCCGGUGUGAUCAGCUCCACCACACCCACGGUUUCCAUAUUCCAUCUCCCGUUCUGCCGGUCCAAGAGGAUCAACCAUUUCUUCUGUGAUGGCCCACAGCUGCUAGCCCUCUCCUGCUCUGACACCCGUGUCAACGAGGUUUCUGCCGUGGUGGGGUUCAACGUGCUGAGCACCACGGUCUUCACCCUCAUCUCCUACUUGUUGGUCCUCUCCACUGUCUGGUGGCUCAGCUCUGUGGCUGGCCAGCACAAAGCCUUCUCCACCUGCGCCUCUCACUUGGUCUCCAUCGCGUUGUACUACGGCAGCUCCCUCUUCACGUACCUGCGCCCCAGCUCCAGACACUCCUUGGGGCACGACAAGGUGGUCUCCAGGCUCUACUCCGUUGCAGUCCCCGUGCUGAACCCAAUCAUCUACAGCCUAAGGAACACGGACAUGAAGAACGCCAUGAGGAAAGCAAAAGGGAGAGUCCUCUCCUCCUUGUCCAGCCACGGUUCCUGGGCAGCUGAAAGGAGAGGACUGUCCUUCCAUGGGAAGGAGGGGUAG